AUGUCUGAUUAGUACAUCCAAGACACAGAGCUUAUAACAUCUGAAACAGAUACGUCUUUAAAUUAUAAUCUAAAAAACGUAAAAGCCAAAGACAAAUACCCUUGCUUUGUUCUAUAAAAUUCUGUUAAUUUCAAUAACUUAAACAGGGAUGCUAUAAACAUCAAUGCUCGCAAAUCAAGCGCUAUGUAUAUUGGUAGAUCCUUAAAUAUGAGUAUUGCUAGCUAGAGCACACUUGCUACUUCAAUGACUCGUAGAACAUCUAUUUAAACUAAUCUCAUAAGAUAGAAAAACUAUAAAUAAAUUCUAUCACAAAGUGACAUUGAUAGUUGCAACUUUACAGAAAGUACUAAUACUAAAAGAGUUUAUGCAUAAUAAAAUAGUGUUAUAAUGAAUUAAAUAGAUAAUUUCAUUGAAAAUAAUGCUAUUAACUAAAAUAACUAAUAGGAUGAUGCUUUUCUUCACAUCAUAAAGAAUAAACUUAAUUCUAAAUAGAGAUUUGAAGAUAUUUAUGGAACAAACGGCUCAUCUUAAAGAGACAGAUAAUUAAAAUAUAAAUCUAAAAAUUAAGUUAGAUCUUCAUAGCUCAAUGAAUAUUGUGAUCGCUCAAGUUAAGGUAGCAGCGACUGUAGCACUGGUUGCAUUACUGGAGAUUAAUCACAUGAUAAUUAAGUAUCUAACAUAUCAGAAUAUUAAUCUUUAAAACAAAAUCCCCCACUGCCUUAAGCUGAAGUAAAAGAAAAGUAAUUUAGAUCAAAAUCAGUUCUAGCAUCAGCUAAAUUACCCUAGAUCAAGACACAGAAUAAUGUCAAAGUAAGAGAUCCUCAUAUUUUUAAUUAAAAAAAGAACAGCUCACCUUAAAUAGUCAAAUACAAUUCAUAACAAAAAUAAAUAUCUUGCAGUUUUUUGGAAGAGCAAGACUCCAACUCAUCAAUAAAUCAAAUAUAAUUCAAUUCUCCCUAAAAGCUACGCAGUUAAAGUAAGUAUUAAACACCUAACAGAGGAGAUUCAAACAGAAAGCUUAUUAAAUAAGGAAUUAAGAUUGAAGAAAACAGUUUUGUUGCAUAAGAAUAUUUUAAGCUUAUUUCUGGCAAAGAGGAUUCUUAGCAUUUAUAAUUUAUCAGAAUAAAUAGAAAUUAAAUAAAAUAAUAUCUUUGCAAUAUUUACGAUAGCCACUCUGCAGAACUACUAAUGAGCUUUGUUGAUUUACCUUAAAUUAUUUCCUUUUAAAACUUAAUUAGCAAAAUUGAAUAAUUCGCUAACUGUUCUAAUCAAGAAUUUUGUCUCUUUGCUUUUUUAAUAUAUGACAUUAAUAAUGAUGGAUAUAUUUGCAACCAAGAUCUCUAUAACAGAUGGAAAGCCUCAGACAAUUAAAUGGGGUAAGAAGAUGUGAAUCAUAUAGUUAGAUAUGCACAGUAUUAACUUAACAACCGUGAAUAGGCUAAUCAGACUAUUAAGCUUCUUAGAUAACAAUAAAUAGUUAAGUAGGAUUUGGAUGAGUUUGCUAGCGAUUAAAACGAAGACAAUGAAGCAUUUGAAUUAGAAAAUUCUAUCGUUAAAGGAAACAAACACAUCUCUCUCCAGAGAUAUAGACAGUUAAAAAGCAAAAAAUCUAUGAAUAUACCUGAGAUUUAAUCAAGAUAAUACACUUACUAUUUAAAAAGCUUUUAAGUGCAAGAGCACUAUUCUAACUAAAGACUAAUUCUUGAUGAAAUAGGCAAUUAUAAACAUAUAGAAAAAUCUAUAGUCUGUAAAAAAGUUUAAUAUAAUAAAUUGACUGGUGACUUUAAUCUAAAUUUUCAGCACUUUUGUGAAAUAUUUAGGACUGAAGCUCCCAAAAUUGUUUAUGAUAUGAUUGCAUCUCUCACUGGUUACAUGUUUAAUGAUAUUCACUAUCCUUAUUCAGAAUAACAAAACUUUUAAUAAAAAAUGAUGACUUUCUAAAAAUAAUAAAUUAAACAAUCUGAAUAAUAACAACUUAACAAAUACAAUUUGCUUGAAAAUAAAAGUUUACUAAAACACUAACUCGAACAAAAAUCUAACAUGGAAACUUAUAAAAUUUAAUUUUCUUAAAUGCUCUCUAACAAAUAAUGA